GUCAGAGGCUGGGUGUCUGUAUGCGGGGUGCCGCGACGGGGACGAAUGACGGGAGGGUUUAGCGCUUAGGUGCCUUCAUGAAUAAUUUAAAUGACCCUCCCAACUGGAACAAUCUGCCAAACCGACGAGAGCCUGGGGAUGAAGGUAGCAGGUGGAACUACGCCUUGCUGGUCCCUAUGCUGGGCUUGGCCGCCUUCCGUUGGAUCUGGACCAGAGAGUGUCAAAAAGAAAUAGAAAGAGAAAAAAAGGAGUAUUACAAAAAACAUUCAUCUUUACAAAGAGACCUGGAAGCCAAGUACCGGGAUAUAAUCACAGAAAAUCGUCGCACCGUUGCUCACUUGGAGCUGGAGCUUGAAAAGGAGCGCAACAGAACCCUGAGCUACCGAGAAGCCCUCGUCUCCCAGAGUCGUAAACUAGUAGAAGAAAGAAGGACCCUAGAGCAGGAGCAGGAGAAGUUAGAGCGGGAAAAACGAGUCCUUUUGCACUCAGGAGCAGUAGGGAACUUGUACCAGAGUUGUUUGGCAAAGGAAGAAGAGUGGCAAAAAAGAGCCAAUACUCUCCUAAAAGAAUUUGAAGAUGGGCUUAAAGAAAGACAGGAUAUCUUCUGCAGUCUUGUUGUGCCUAGAAGCCAGAGACUAGAAAUAGAGAAAAAUCUGCUAGUUAAAGCAGCAACUGAUCCAGUUGCUCUGGCUCUGCACAUGGAAAGUGGUUUAAAAGAUAUUUUCAAACAUGAUAACUACUGUAGCAAUCUGCUAAACAGAAACAAAAGUCAGAAUGGAAAACUCAUGUGGCUGUAUCUGAGAUAUUGGGAACUAGCUAUUGAACUACAAAAGUUCAAGAGGGCAGAAAAGGCCAUUUUAGGAAAACAAUAAGGUAGGGGAAGUAAUGGGGUUUGAAGUGAUUCACUGCAUAGUAGGAACUAUCACAGUUGCAGUCUGAAGCCAUUAAAUUCUCCUACUGUGUUUAUAUCUUCUCCUUGUUGCACUUGUAUUUGCAUGGGACAUGUGCAGUGUUGGUGCCUUUACUUUGUCUAACAGAAGCUCCAGUGAGCUAUGCAUGCUCUUAAACUCUGUGAGUAUGUUUGUAUUGCAGACUGCAGUAUAGAGGUAUGCCAGCUUCCGUAGAUACCAGAAGCAGCAAAACAAUCUCAGUGUAGACUGAUUUACCUGGUUGAUGGUCAUACCCCCAUCAACAGAGAGGUGAUUUGUCCUCCCCAAGUGGGAUAGCACAUUGUGGUCCUUAGCCCUGAUGUUUCACUUUGUGUCUCAGGGUUUUUUCUUUUUUGUUUAAGUUGGUUUGUUUAAACAAGAGUGGUUUUGAGGCACAUGUUUGGGAGAGACUAUGUUUGAGCAAACUGCUUGCAAUAUACAUCCUAUGUGUAUAUAUGUACAUUAAUGUAAAUACAUGUGUAAAUGUGUGUGUGUAUAAAUACAUGUCAUUGUAUUCUAAGGGGGGAAUAGUAUGAUCAUGUUUCAAAUUAAUCAGUCUUGCACUGUCUCCUGACUUGAUACACAAAUAGUACUUUAUGAAACAUCCCUAAUGAAACAUCCAAAAGAUGUUAAUUAAAGUAACACAUAAAGAAACAGAUUAAUGAAAGCCUUGCUGGAGCUAGGGAUCCAUACUUGGAAUACUAGAGAGUGUAUAAAUUCAGUAUUGCAUUCUUCUCUUGCUGAAGAUGAGAAUACUUACAUUAAGAAUAUUUACAGUUUUAAUGUGUCAAGGUUUUAGUUGUAAUUCAACAGCGUGCUUCCAUGAUAGAUGUCACUGCUGCCUCUGCAUCCCAAACUGCUGCCUGGUUAGCUUUCAGGAACCUCCAUGAGCUACAGCCAUUGCACCUGUCUUUGUUCCUUGGACAGGUUCUGUUUAUUUAUAGAUGAGAACUCAAAUGCAGCCUGCACUGGGAACCACUGCUGCUGUUUCUGUCCAUCUCACGUCUCACAGAGCAAAGGAUGCUUUCCCACAGUUCCUAAAUUUUGAGCUCAUUGUUCACCACUCCACAUGAAGGUGACCAUGAAAGCCUACAGAUAGGCAGACUUCACAAACUUCAAAGUUGGAAGCUUUUUCAUUUAGGUAGCACAGUAAAAUAAGUCUGGAUUAAAAACAAACAACAAAAAACCCCACAACCACCCCAAACCUUGAGUCUCUUCUGAGUCCUUGUAGCAGUAGGAUCCACCUUUUCCAAGUGUGCCAUGCAUUUUGGGGAAUAGCUCUUUUCUUUCUUCCUUCUUUCUAAUCCAACCUUAGACCUUAAAGGUGGGUGUUUACCAUUUGGUUUAUAAUGUCUGGUUGCCUCUGUUACUUGACUUUGAUCAGUGUUGAUAGGUUGUCAGUUCUUUAAUUAGCAGUUGUUUACUGAGAGCCACACAUGACACACCUUUGCUCUAGGCAAUCUGCUACUUCAUGGCUCCCAAGCAAUCCAGCUAAGUAAAUGCCUAUGCAAGUUUAACAGCACUCCAGAAGAUGUGGAUUUUCUUUUAUUGUUUCCUCUGGGUUUCAUUUAGUUGGGCACAGGUAAAUCUUUUGAAGUAGUGUGUGCAGCCUAACCCAGUUACCCAGCACAAAAUACCCAAUAGGAAACAAAAUUAUUGAGCAGAGUGCAAGUUUCCCAACUGCUCACCUUGGUAAUGCUAAUUAUGUUGUUGUAUUGAUGUAUUAAGUUUUUAUGUAUUGAUUCUUUUAUUGUUUGGGUUUUUUUAACAAAGUUUUAGUAGAUAGAC